GUCGUUAUUCUGAGCUCACCAAAGCGGUUAGUUAUGUCGACAUACACAAGGCGUUCGCUUCUAUUUUCUUUUGUGUGCGCUGCCAGAGAAGUGGCAUCUAACGUUCCAAUUAUCGAGAAGACCGUUCGGGAUCCGAUUGUCAGGUACCCAUGCCAAAAUCGAAAACGUAGUCAACAUCUAGUAGGUGCACUUCACCCUAAACGCGGCCUCAACUGGUUUGCGAUGCCUACAACAGGGUGUCAAAGUCAGUGUAUUGUAUAUGACUGCUUGUCAAUGAAUCUCAUGACUGCCGGACGCAACGGGUGCUACUAGCCCAAUGGGGUCUCCUCGGCUCGCUGGCUGAUAACGUUACGACUGACGGACUCGUUGAUCAUAGACAUGAUUUACAACUCCAUAGGCGCCUCGCUGAGCUCUGGACCUGCAUUUCUGUGAGCCCC